AUGCCGACAAGCCCGUCCUCCGCGAUUUCCAUGUGGGUAUGCCUUCUGCUGGCCGUCGCGUUGAUCGCCCUCCGGAUCGGACUCCGACUAUGGAGAAAACAGCGUCUUAUACGUGGUGACUACUGGUGCUUAUUGGCUGCUGUAAUUACAAUCACGCGACUGGCUGCCAAUUAUUUUCUAUUGAUCUAUGGCUCGAUAAGGAUUCUAUCGACAGAGCACCGCCUUCAGCUUCAUCUUGAACCUGAGUUUGGUUCCUCAGCCUCUGAGGUUGUGAUAGGAAGCAAGCUGGUCUUGGUGACUCGAACUCUGUUGACAUGUUUGCUGUGGUGCCUUAAGAUGGCUGUAUUUGACCUCUUAGCAAGAAUCAUCGCUAAGAUGCCAUAUGAACGGGUACAUGUUUACGGCCUCUGGACCGUGCUGUCCUUGACUUUUGUUGCUUCUGUGGUCACCGUCUUUAUUGGUUGUCGUCCGUUUGAGCUGCACUGGCAAAUCUACCCAGACCCUGGGAAUUGUGUUAUUGGUAACAUUUGGCUCAUCACCUAUGAGAUGAGUAAUAUUGUGACUGAUCUGUUGCUCAUGGCCCUGCCUUUUACUCUUAUCUGUUCGGUUACAAUAUCUACAACGCAGCGACUCCGUGUGCUGUUCCUCUUCAGUAUCGGUAUCUUCCUUAUCGCUAUUAGCAUCGUCCGCAUUGUUAAAGGGAAAGGCUCGCGAGUUCAGAGCAGUCACACGGUGUGGGCAUCACUCGAGGUCUUGUUAGCUGUCGUUGUCGCGGUGGCACCAACGAUCUAUGCGCUUGCGCACGGCCGCCAAGAGGACAGCUCCGUCGACAGAACUCAUUUGUCCGAAUAUCCAAGAGGGCGCACUUUUUCUGAAGAUACCGCUCCCGGCAAUAAGUACACUGGCAGCGCGUGGACGGAAAUGCACGACGACACCUUAAAUCGACUACAUAGCACAAGCUCGCAAAGAGAGCCGAUAGGUAUCCGACAUCAGCCGCUUGAUGCUAGAGUAGUAUGA